UCUGUCUACGUGCCUUUCACCUCGUAUGAACUCUCUCAUCUUGCCUACAUCAGCCCGCCUCGCAGGAUGCUGAUCUGAGAGUCAUCCAGCACUUCUCUGCAACAGGUGAGACCUGUCACACACAGCUGUUCACGCUCUGCCUCACUGUUGAGUCGAAUAGUUAUUUUUAUAUAUAUAUAUUUGAUUUUCUCUUCAGGUAUUUGAAUAACUAGAGGACAAAAAAAAUGUCUGCAUUUUUCCAAUUGCUGAGAAAGAGAAAGGAGUUGAUCCCUCUGAUUGGGUUCACGGGAUUAGCUGCAACAGGAGCCGUUUCUGCUGCUUUCUACUUUCUACUUACUAAAAGUGAUGUCAUACUGAAUAAGACCACCAACCCACAACCAUGGGAGAGAGUGGACCCAACCAAACCCCAGAAGCUCAUCACCAUCAACCAGAAGUGGAGACCAGUGGAGGAGCUGGAGCUGGUGAAGAGCCUGACCAAGUGAGCAAAAAAAGGCCGACAUCUGCUUAUAAACAUCCACAGUGUGACAAACUGCCCGCCCAUCUGCCCGCCUGACUGCCCACCUCCACGCCAGUCCCCCCCCCCAUCAGUCUAACAGAAUCCUUUCUGCACAAACUAGGAAUCUUUGACACUCAGUGUGCGGAAAUGCUUCUGCUCCACUGGUGGGGUUUGACCCUCCCGAGUCCAAGGACGUCCAUCCGAAACAAUAGACAACUGUGAUAACAGUUAGUUAAACUGUCGUGACGUCAGCCGGUGGUCACACAGCGACCCAGAUGUUCUUGCGGUAGAUGUGAAUGUGUGUAAAAAUGUAAACUGAGUAAACAAUGUUCUGUACAGUGCUAUUAAAUUAUUAUUGUGUGUAAACAUUGUUCUUCAUGUUCUGUCGUAUGAGUAAAAGUAAUAUUUCUUUCCAACUUCACCUGCCUCUCAGAAAGUGUUUGGCAUGAACUGAUGAUAAAUACAGUGUUUGUCACUUCACUGUGAGAUCGCUUUAGAUUCAAUUUUAAAUGUGUUUUAUCAUUUGAGCUUACACAUUUUAUAGAGGCAUCAAAUUUAUGAUUUGAACUUUUUUUAACUUAUGACAGGAAAAGUGUCACUUCUUAUGUAGCAAACACAGUCAUAUUCAUUUGUGCAAUGAUAUUCUCCAUGAAUAAAGCAUAUUCUCACUUUAA